AUGAGCGCAACGACCGGAGCGUCACCACCGCUCUCGACCGAGAAGCUCACGCCCAUACCAUCGAUCGCGUCGAGCGGAGGUGCCGUCAUGCUGGGAUCCCCUCCCGCUUCGGCUGCCGCCCUCCCCUCGUUCCUCGUCGAGGACAGCGACUUCCUCCCGGCGUGGAGCAAGGCCCUGUCGGCCUCGCCUCGCCUCGACCCUGCGGCGGGACCGAGCGGCGGCCCGGGCACGAGCUCGUCAGCCAGCCGCACCGGCCUCGACGCGUUCGGGCUCGACCCGAAAGGCGACCACGGCGCGAGCCAGGACACGGCCAUGCUCGACGCGUCGCACGUGCCGAGUCCGCACGACGUCGGCAACGGCCUGAGCCCGGUCCUCGGGCCAACGCUCAUGUCGGCGUCACCUCACCCGCUCGAGCGCCGGCAAGACGACGACGUCGGCGACCUGUCGGGCGCCUACGACGGUCAGCAUCGCAGCUCGUUCGAGUCGUCGUUCAACAAGUUCCACCGUCCGCCGGUGAGCGACGCCCCGACGCCGCACAAGUCGCCGGUGCGGCGCAAAUCGUCGCACAGCGACCUGUCGGCGCCCCUGUCGUUCGCCAACGUCGCCACCCUUCCCUCGCUCUCGCCCAUCGUCCCACCAGUCGGGGCCAUCUCUCCGAUAGACGGCCCUGCGACGUCCGCGCCGGCGGCUUCCGCGCUGCGUUCGCCCAACCUGCACGACCCGAAACUCGAGAGCCAGUCGUCGGCCAACUUUGCGCACGGCCUGCCGUCGGGUCUUCAGCGACGCGCCACGCUCGGCGCCGCAGUCGAUGAGCAGGACAAGGGCAAGAUCCAGGCGUACGCCAAGCUCGAGUUCCCCUCGUUCGACAUCUACAUCCAGAAGCUCAGCGUCACUAUCGGCCGUCGCCCAGCAGCACCUCCUUCCCGCUCGCCUGCCUCGGCCCUCCCGUUCGACGACGCGCACGCCGCCGGCCUGUCCCUCGAGGACUACAUCCUGAGCCUGACGGACGCCGCUCUCGUCAAGCGCGAGGAAACGCUCGCCUCGAUCGACCCGGCUGCGCCUGUGCCGUCCUCCACGGGCGUCAAGGGCAAGGAGAAGGCGGUCGACGACGACCCGUUCCUCGAGUUUGUGCGCUCGUCGCCGCCGCCCUCGACGUCCAUCCGCGCCGAGGCGCCUCUCGCCGUCACCUCCUUUCCCCCUCUUCCUCCUCGACCUACUUCUGCCGUGUCCGCCGUACCCAUCGCCCCGGCGCCGCCCUUGACCGACGUCGACCUCGGCCCUCUUCGCGCCGUCUCGCGACAACACGCACGGCUCAGCUUCGACUACGACGUCGGCGCAUGGGUGAUCGAGGUCCUCGGGCGCAACGGCGUCGUCGUCGAGGGCAAGUGGCGCGCCAAGGGCCAGAAGGCCGUCCUCACCAAGAAGACCAAGAUCCAGAUCGCCGAGCGCAUCUUCCACUUCGUCCUGCCCACCAUCGACGUCGUCGCUGUCGAGGCGGACGGCGCAGCCGAGCCGUCGGCCAAGCCGAUCAAGGGCGCGGUCAAGGACAAGUCGCGGCUUCGAGCGCCCGGCAGGGGCAAGGGCAAGGGCAAGGGCAAGGGCAAGAGCAAGGCCAAGAAGCGGGCAGCCGGCGAGGGCGACGCGUCGUCGAGCCUGUCCGAGGUGUCGGACAGCGACCUCGAGCUCAGCCCGCUCAAGCAGCCCUCGCUCGAGCUCUCCGCAUCGCCGCAAAAGGUCGUCUCAGCUCCCUCAGCACCCCCUACGGCACCCUCGAACGCCUCGGCCGAUGCUGCCGCGUCCGUUCCUGCACCAGCUCCGCCUUCUCGUCCCGCCUCCACACCGGCUCCGACUCGAUCCUCGUCUGCUGGCAAAGGCCAAGCCGCACCGCCGCAUCAUGUCGCACCUGUCGCCUCGUCGUCGUCGACGCCGGCCGCCGUCAAGCCUCGACCUCCUCUCCCGCACAAGGUCCCGGCAACGCGGUCGUCGAAAAAGCCCAAGCCGGCGCCGACGGUCGCCUCUCCCGUUACGUCGCACCUGUCGCAGCAUCGUGGGCCUGUCCCGGACGAGGACGAGAUCGAGGAAGCUCGCUCUCGGGCGGCCAUGAUCGCGCAGAUCCUGUCGGGCCGAGGCGUCGCCGGCAUGAGCAACGCGGCGCUCGUCCGCGCCGCAGCCGAGGCGCAACGCCGCCAGAGCGGCAAGGGCAAGGCCCCGAUGCGCUCGGCCGGCAAAGGGCCGGGCAAGGGCAAGGGCCUGCCACCGCGCCCUCGUCGGCCGUCCAACGCGUCCUGGGACGACGACGACGACGACGACGAGUCGAUGUCGUCCGACAGCGGCGACAGCGACCACGAGCUGCUCAUCGAGGCGUUCCAGGAGGCCGCCAACAUGGGCCACGACAUCCGCGGCGGCGGCCAGGGCGGCGGCAAGCACCACGUCCAGCGCACCGCCUCGGACGCGACCCUCAACACGAUGGUCGCGCCCGCGCCUGUCCCCUCGCCGGCGACAACAUCGGCUCCUGUGCCCAAGCUCGCAGGCAAGAUGCCGGCCAAACAGCCUCGAGCACGCCGCAACGCCUCGGUGUCCGGCCCUGCCACGUCGUCCGGCCCAGCGGCGAGCGCCUCGCCCGCAGCGACGCUCUCGACCAACCUGCCGCCGCUCCCUCUUCCCACGCUCCCCGACCCGACGCCGUCGCCCGCUCCCCCAACGCCGGCGAUGCUGUACGCCUCGUCGCUGCCGCCCCUUCCCGAGCUCGUCCUCGCCGACGCGAGCCCGGCGUCGCCCGCCUUUAACCUCCCGCCCAUCCCCAAGCCGACCUCGACCCCUCUCCUCUCACACGCGAGCCCUGCGCUCGACGUCGUCGACGCCAAGUCGCCGGCACCGCCCGCCUCGAAUACGGCCCUCCCGCUCGCGCCGCCGCCACCACCUCCCGCCGCACCGAGCGUGCCGGCCGCAUCCACGCCCGCCACCGCGCUCGCCAAGAAGCGCUCGCACAAGAAGAAAGUGGCGCCCAAGGAGGGCGACGCCGUCGUCGCCGGCGAGUCGGCCCCGGCGACGGCGACUGCGGCGGCAGCCGCACCAGGUCCAGACGGCGCCGCCGCUCCGGCCAAGCCUCGUCCUUCGCCCUACGCGCCUGCGCCACUCGCUCCUGGCACGACGCCGCCGGACGAGGCGCCCGCCGACAACCGACAGACCAAGCCGCCGUACACCUACGCGUCGCUCAUCGCCCAGGCCAUCAUGGGCAGCGAGGCCAAGAAGAUGACGCUCCACGAGGUGUACGACUGGAUCGUCGAGCGCUGGCCCUACUUCGGCGCCAACCAGGCCGGCUGGCAGAACUCGAUCCGCCACAACCUGACGCCGGCGCGAGGGUUCCUCAAGGUCGUCCGCAAGGCCGACGAGCCGGGCAAAGGCGCGUUCUGGGAGCUCGACCCGGCCCAGGUGCACAACUUUGACGGCCACCACUUCCGCAUCAAGAAGACCGAGGGCGCGGCAGCCGUCGCGGCGGCGGCGAGCGCGGCAUCGGCGGCGGCGACCAAGGCCGCCAAAGCAGGCGCAGCACCCUCGCCCUCGCCCGGCCCGGCCGCAGCCCCCUCGCCCGCCAUCGUCGCCGCCGUCGAGGCGAGCACGGCCGCAACCGCGUCCGCGCCGGCCAAGCCCAAGACUGCCGCAGCGUCGUCGUCGGCGGCGCCGGCGGCCGUCAAGGCCAAGGGCCACGCCAAGUCGACCUCGUCGCGCCCAUCGUCGGCCUCGCCCGCUCCGCAGUCGGCAGCAGCACAGGCGCAGCUGUCGAAGCCCCUCCCGAUCGUUAUCUCGGCCCUGCCCGCCUCGUUCGUCCCGCCAACGCCGCCGCCCGAGAGCACCUCUGCCGCCGCGACCGACGAGCUCACGGCGUCGCUCCUCGCCAACCCGCCAAUCGUGCUGCACGAGGGCAAGCUCAUCCUGCGGCCCGAGAUCUUUGCGGCGAGCCUGAGCGGCGCUCGCCUCGCCGAGCUGCAGAAGAUGCCGGCGAGCGCGGUCCUGCCCGUCCUCCAGGCGCACGUCGUCCAGCACUUCAAGGACAAACUGCGCGCCAAGGGCACCAUCACGGCACAGCCAGCGCCCGCCAAACCGCCCAAGGCCGCCGCCAAGGCGCCCAAGUCGUCGUCCAAGGCGCCUCGCACGGCGGCAGCACACAAGAAGCCCAAGACGGUCGCCUCGUCGUCGUCGACGGCCGCCUCCUCGACCGCCGCACCUGCUCCCGUCACGGCGGGGACCAAGCGCGCUCGCGAGGCCGACGUCGACCUGUCCGCCUCGACCUCGUCGUCCACCAAGCCGGCCAAGGCGGCCAAGAAGGCGGCACCUGCACCCUCGACGUCGCGCUGAGGCCCUCGUCGCCGUUCCGCCCUCGUCGCCGCUCCGACUCGCCGCCGUCCCCUUACCGCCGUCGCCAUCGUCCGGUUUUGGCCCGCUCCCUCUUGGCUCGGCCGGC